GUGUGGAGUGUCCUUCCCGGGGCAAUCAUCCCAAAAAUGUACCAAAUACAUCACUUGUAGGCCUUAGUUGGAUUUCACUCUAGUAUUUCACUUCAAGUGCCACCAGAGCGUCUUCAAACACACGAAGUAUUGUGGUCACUGCAUUAUAAGUUGGUUAUUGACAUUUAGUUGGUCCAAAGACAAAUUAUUCGCAUACAUAUUACGCAAAACGUCAGUUUAAUGCUCACAUGGUGAACGGUUAUGGAUUAUAGAUACAUUUCGCUGUCGAAUGUCAUCCAGGAGGCGGUGUGAUAGGCAGCAAAAUCAGCCAAUUAGGGUGCGAGCAUUGGUUGUGACUUUUUGAUUGACCGUUGUUUCGACAAAUCAGAGCACAGAACUAUGCGUCCGGUUUCCUCUGUGAGCUUGGCAAGCAAAGGGGGUGGGGGUCAAAGAUACGCAGAGAAACGGGCUGCUGGUGGCGAAGAUGGCGGAUGGGGACAGUGGCAGUGAGCGCGGUGGCAGCAGCGGUGGCGGAGGGGGAGGAGGCGGCGGAUUUCAGCAUUACCAACGGGAACCGGAGACCCAGGAGCUGGCCUCGAAGCGGUUGGACAUUCAGAACAAACGCUUCUAUCUUGACGUAAAGCAGAACGCCAAAGGCCGGUUCAUCAAAAUCGCCGAGGUCGGAGCCGGGGGCUCAAAAAGUCGACUGACCCUCUCUAUGUCAGUUGCAGCAGAGUUCCGCGACUACCUGGGGGAUUUCAUAGAGCACUACGCCCAGCUUGGGCCUAGCACCCCGGAGCAGAUAGCUCAGUCUUCCGGUGGGGAUGACACCGGGCCUAGACGGGCCUUGAAGAGUGAGUUCCUGGUGCGUGAGAACCGCAAAUACUACCUCGACCUAAAGGAGAACCAGAGGGGUCGGUUUCUCCGGAUCCGACAGACCGUCAACCGAGGCCCCGGCUUCGGAGUUGGGGUGGGUGGCAUCCCGGGGGCUGGCCUGGCCGGGCAAACCAUCGCACUCCCUGCCCAGGGCUUAAUAGAGUUCCGUGACGCCUUGGCCAAGUUGAUAGACGACUACGGGGGAGAUGAGGAGGAUCUGGCCGGCGGCGGAGGGGCCGGGGGCUACAGCGAGCUCCCGGAGGGCACCUCGAUUAUGGUGGACUCCAAACGGUUCUUCUUUGACGUGGGAUCCAACAAGUACGGAGUUUUCUUGCGGGUGAGCGAAGUGAAGCCCAGUUAUAGAAACUCUAUAACAAUCCCAUUCAAGGCGUGGAGCAAGUUCGGCGGAGCUUUCAGCCGCUACGCCGAGGAAAUGAAAGAGAUCCAGGAACGACACCGGGAUAAGAUGUACGAGAGGAGAGCCGGAGAGGAGUCGGAGGGGGACGACGUUGACGACGAUUGAUGGAUGGAGAGCUGGCUGCUCGUGAUGAAGCUGACAACAUGAUGCAAAGCCUGGAGAUAAACAGAGAAUCAGAGAGAGGAACGACUAUUCUGUGCAUGACGAAUCGAACUUUAAAAAUGCUAAAACAACGGAGUUAAAUAAUAGUAUAUUUGACUGAGAAAUUAUUGUCUAUAUAAGAGAAUCAUGUUUAGGUGGAUGUGAUAGAUAAAUGAGUGCGGACUGCAGUAGUCAGCUCUUGUAUGAGAUUCCCCAUUGACAAAGUAUAUAUAUAUAUAUACAUAUAUAUAUAAACGUAUAUCUAUAUAUAUAAUUAUCUAUAUAUAGAUAUAUUGAUUGUCUAUUUGAUAACCUCACUUAUGUAGCCCAGCAAAUUAAGUUUGACAGUGCUCAAGAAGCAGCAGUAAGUUACCAGCAACACUUCCUGGUUGACAUCCAAUAGUAAGAGCUCACCUGGCGCUGACCUGUAGUCUGUGUGAUUAUAAGAAGGAAGUGUGAAAUGUGUGACAUACUCAUACCAGCAGGUGUAUAAUUGUGAAUGAGACAGAGCACCUGCAUCACUCACCAUGGCUGUGUGUGUGUGUGUUUUUGUCUGAAAAGGUAGGGAUGGUUUGCCCAGACAGAGUGACAACAUCCAGGACCACAGUCUCAGCUAUAGGGGGCAUCCUUGGCAUUGCAGGACAUUCACUCAGCCCAGCGAGGUCCCAAAAGGUGAUCUGUUACAAGCACACGACUCAUUUGGACUCUCUGGACGAACCAAACGAGUCAAAAUGACCCCUUCCCUCCUCCUGUUUGUCUCACUUUUCCCCUUCCCCUGCUCCCUCCUGGGGGUCCCUCAGGUGCUAACCUCCUGCUCUGAUAGCUGACAUGUGGUGAGGCCUGCUCACACGUGGCUUCUUUUGUCUCAGGGCCAGUGAGUUCAAUCCGUGUUUUAGGAAAUAUCAGCAUUACCUGUGCCUGUUCAUCAUCCUCAAGAGGUUCUGGGUGCAGAUCCUAUCAGCCAGGUGCUGCAGCUGUGACGUCUGUGGCAACUGAUGAUGUCUCUUAUGACACCGGCCCACGUCUGAACCCUGUGACCUUUUUAUGUCAAAAGGGGACACGGUGAGCUCAGGCUUCUACGACUGGUCAUGAUUUUCUGAGUUAAAGCUUAAUAUCGCCGGGCUUGAGCUACAGUCUCAAGGGAAUUGACCUUGUGGACUUACUUAGGGUGCGCCAUUUGGAUCCUUUAAUCUUGAACUCAGACCAUUAACGACUGAAGCAACAUUCAGUCUGAUUGUAAGAAAAAUUAGGUGCUUUUGGAAAACAUACCCGUAUGGGGGUGCUGUACCUAAAGAGAGAGAAAAAAAGAAAAAAUAUAUACUGGAAAAGAGAUUUACUUAUUCAAAAAGAUCAAAUAUAGAUAGAAUUAUUUUUCAAAAGAGAUAUAUUGAAAUAUGUCUUAGAAAUAUGAGACAUUUAUUAGAUAAUGCUGCCUGAAGUGGCUUAUUUAAAACACUAAACUUUGGAUGCAACUGUCCAGGGUGAUAUUUCAUACCUGCUUUUUUUCCUAACAUUUCUUUUAUUCCUUAGAGGAAAUUAAGAAGAGUACAACAAAUUGAUAACAUAUGUUAUAGCAAUUUCUAGCAGCAACUUCAUAAAGUAGUUUGUCAGCAAACACUCAGCACUCCAGUUCACUUUACAUAGCAUCAAGUUGUCCCCUUGUUUCAGUCCACCCCGUUUAACCAUGUUUUGUCUCAAAUUGGCUCUCCCAUCAGUUGCCAUACGACGCAAACAUAAACAACCUGCAAUCAUCAACAGUUUGUCUUUAGUGCUCCUUUUUAAAAUAUGAUCAUUUUUGCAUGCCUGCUCUUAUGCAGAUCUGCCUUGUGUUCUUUUAUUUGCAUACUCUGAUUGCUGUAUGAUGGUAUUUAUCCAUAUUUGAGAGCGGUUUCAAGUUUUCUUUCUUGCAAUGGAAAAAAAGUUUAAAGUUUACUUCUCAGCCUAAUAAAAAAAAGCCACAAUGUUCCCGUGCUUUGGGGAAUGUCACUUUUUAUUGUCCCACUUCCUUUGGUGUGUAAACCUCUCGUUGAAUUUUACUUUACCCACUUCAACACAUCAAAUGCAGAAAUGCCAUAAGAAAAAAACCAAACACCUGGGAGCAAUAGUUUAUUUUAUUUUCUAUUGAUAUAAAUAUACUAUAUAUAAUAUUACACAUGAGAUUGAACUACAUCCUUCUUCCUGUACUGUGUUACGUGAAAUGGCAGCUGUUUCAGUCGUGUGUUCUGCUGUAAUAUUCUACCGAGUUCCUUUCAACGAGAAAUAAAAAAGGUUUUUGCUCA